CAAUUUGGCCCGCAAUUGAAUUUCAAUUUCGCCUCUUUUUUCCUUCCACUUAAUAUCUCCGCCUCCUCUCCAUACCGAAGUCCCCCUCUCCCUCUCCUCAACCUCUCUCUCUCUCUCUCUCUUUUCCCUCUCUCCCUCCCUCUGAAACCCUAACCUUUCGUACAGGAUUCGCCAUGAAAGGAAGUAGAUCGAAGUCGCAGGUCAAGAACACCUCGCUUUCUGUCAACAAGAAAGCAGGUGGGGCUUCGAAGCCAAGGAAACCAGCUAAGAAGGCUGCAAAGGACCCGAACAAGCCCAAGAGGCCUGCGAGUGCCUUCUUUGUUUUCAUGGAAGAGUUCAGGCAGACGUACAAGGAGAAGCACCCCAACAACAAAGCGGUGUCUGUUGUUGGAAAGGCUGGAGGAGACAAGUGGAAGUCAAUGUCUGAGGCUGAGAAAGCUCCUUAUGUAGCCAAAGCUGAGAAGAGGAAGGCUGAGUAUGAGAAGAACAUGAAAGCUUACAACAAGAGACAGGCUGAAGGGCCAAAACCAGAUGAAGAUGAGUCUGAGAAGUCUCUGUCUGAGGUGAACAAUGAGGAUGAGGAUGAUGAUGAGGACGGCAGUGAAGAGGAGGAAGAUGAUGAUUAGGUUGGGGCAAAAGGAGAUAGCUUUAGUGUUUAUGUAGAUCGCCACAGGGGCUUAAACGUCUUUUUCCCGUAUUUCUCGUGGCUAUAAUUGAAUGUUAGUUUUUUUUAGUGUCCUUUCUCAUGUGAUUUUGGUUUUGCCCUUCAAGAAAGAUUAGUACCCGCCGAAGGGUAAAUCGCCUCUGUGUUCGCUGCUAUAAUGAUGAUAUUUAAAGGGCUUUCUUCCCUUGUAGAGCUUUUAUUAUUGUUCAAUUUACUCGUAUGAUAGUUCCCUGAUCGGUUCA